GUAUACAAUCUAGCAUAAUUAUUUCGGUAUUCAGUCCCUAAUAUAAACAUAACGACAAAGAGAUCAAGUGCGAUUAUUAUAGAGUAGAGGGAGUACAAAAGCGACACAAGCGUUUUAGUAUUGCGGAGAGUUCAAAGCGACGUGGUUACGUAGCACUAACGAGUUAUGAGAGAUCCUGAUCUUCUGAUGAAUAUUCCAGAAUUAUCAAAUGAUUCGCCCGAGAUGGAUCUUAGCAUCUAUCCAGAGAGAAAAAGAUUUCCUUUUUGCAUCGUUUGGACUCCGUUACCCAUCUUAACAUAUAUUCUGCCUUUUAUUGGUCACAUGGGUAUUGCAACAUCAGCGGGAGUAAUAAGAGACUUUGCUGGUCACUAUUAUGUCUCUGAAGACAAUAUGGCAUUUGGUAAACCUACUAAAUACUGGCAACUAGAUUAUACCAAAGCCAAGGGAGGUAUACAUGGAUGGGAUGCUGGUAUCGCAGAAGCUAGUGAAAUUUACAAAACUAAGAUGCAUAAUUUAUGUUGCGACAAUUGUCAUUCACAUGUGGCAACAGCUUUGAAUUUAAUGUCAUAUAAUAAUUUGAACAAUUGGAAUAUGGUAAAAUUAGCAUUUCUUAUGUUGCUUCAUGGAAAGUACGUCAGUAUUUCUGGCUUUCUUAAGACCUGGUUACCUUUUUUUAUACUUGUUACGAUUAUACUAACAUUAAGUCUAUGUGUGUGUUAAUUUUAUAUUGCUUAUAUUUGUUUAUAUAUGCUUAUAUUUAUUUAUAUAUGUAUAUAAAUUAUAAAAUGUCAAUUUAUGAUAUAUAUAUAUUUGACAUGUCAAUUUACAAUAUUAUGUAUAGGAUAUAAUCUUAAUCUUGAAAUACUCUAACAAGUAAAAACAUAUAAAGAUAAUUUUCCUAAAAUGGUAGUUUGGCAUUGCAGCUUCAAAUGUAGAUCUUAAUUAUCAGAAUUUUACAUAUGCAGAACAUUUUGAAAAAUACCAUGCCAAAUUUUGCCAGUAUAUAUAUAUGUUUAUUCACAUACAUGUCUUUAUCAGAUGUAAACAUUAACAUUUAAUUUUUACAAUUUUUUUUAAUAAACAUAUUGACUAUAUAAGAGUUAUAUGACAAUGGAAUUAAAUCUAAGAUGGCUUUUCAUAUGACAUUAUAUUAUAUAUGUGUACAU